CCGAAAAGCUGCGCAGGCGCAGUAGGGCAGCGAGGAGCAGGGCGAAGUGACGGACCAGGGAGUUAUUUGUCGUUGAAGGACUGCGGCAGACGGGUUGUUUGAAAAGCGCCAUGGCGAGCGGCGAAGGAGACAAUAAAAGCGCCAACUUGUUGGCUGCAGAAACUGCCCAGCUUGAAGAACAUUUGGAGGGCUGGGGAGAGGUGAUGCUUGCUGCAGAUCGUAUCUUGCGUUGGGAAAAACCCUGGUUUCCUGCUGUUAUGAUGUUAGCUGUGUCAGUGGUGUUUUUACUGAUCUACUGGCUGGAUCCUUCUGUGCUGACUGGUGUUUCAUGUGCUAUUAUGAUGAUCUGUUUGGCAGAUUACCUUGUUCCCACCAUUGCUUUCAAAAUGUUUGGUUCCAAUAAAUGGACCACAGAGCAGCAGCAACGAUUCCAUGAAAUUUGCAGCAACCUAGUUAAGACUCAACGUAGGAUUGCAGGCUGGUGGCGGCGCCUUUUUGCUCUCAAAGAGGAAAAACCAAAAAUGUAUUUCAUGACCGUGGUUACUGUUCUGUCUGUCGUGGCUUGGAUUGGGCAACAGGUUCAUAACCUUUUCCUUACCUACUUGAUUGUGAGUUUCAUUCUAUUGCUGCCUGGUCUGAAUCGGCAUCGACUAAUCACAAAAUAUGUAGGAAUGGCUAAGCGGGAAAUUAACAAGCUGUUGAAGCAAAAGGAGAAGAAAAACGAAUAAUGGAGGGUGAACUUAUCAAAGUUAAAUGUGAUUUAAAUACUGGUGAAGGUUGGAGCUUGCAGACUUUCUAAAUCAAAAAGUAUAAAGUUCUGAGUGUGUUCUGCUAUGUAGUUUGAAUAGGAGAAGUAAGAAAAUGUCUGUAGUAAUUGAGCAUGAUACAAAUUAGGUUUGCUUCUCAUUGUUCAAGUAAGUUUUCAAAUCAAGAAUUGUUUAGUUUCAGAAAUCUGUCCUGACUUGAUUGUUCUGGUUUUGUAGUUUUUUUAAAGCCAUGAUUGCACUGGAAGUUUAAUAAUAAACUUAUGUGAAACUAUAGAAUUGUUUGAUAUCAGUGCAAUGGUCUGCAUUGCUGAUUCUUUAGUGCUUGCAUGUAAAUGGAAACCAUUUGUCAGCAUAAAGUAUAUCUGAUCUGACCACUUUAAUUCUGUGUUUUAAUUCACAUGUAAAUAGGAUUGUCUUUCACUAUGUAUAAAUGUUUUUGUGUAUAUUUGUGGCAAAAGUACAUUAGGUCAUUUUAAAAAUGUAAACUCUUGAAGCUUCGCACUAAAUAAAAAAAAAAUCUGAUGA